AUGCUUCGUCGGAAACCAACAGCCAUUGCUGUUACUUCUGAAGAUAUCACAGCCUUCGAAGAAGCCAGACUCCGCAAACUGUCGGAGGAAAACAAGAACCCAGAGCACACAAAGGGAACCUCCAAUGUCAAGGUUGAUCCCAGCGAUGAGUUGAAGCCACUUCCAGGGGACAAGGCCAGGAUCAUUCGGACCCGUGAAGAAAGAAUAGGUGUGAUUCAACGUGGUUGA